ACACCGGUUGCUUUUACGAUAGCUUCACUGGCGACAAAGUAAACAAAGUUGCUAAGGCCAAAAUUGAGCUGUUUAAAUUAAAAUAGUGCACUCGAUUACUUUCUGUUGAAUUUAGGAAUUGUAUGCAUGACAAUUUUAUUAGAUAUAACGGGUUUAAAUAAGCUAUUUAUUAGAAAUGGGCGGACGAGGAAGGAAAGAAAUCUGCCAGUCCGAAAACCGACAUCCCCAACAGGUGUGCAGAAGAGAAACCUCCAUCACCAGAACAACAAGAAGGUGGUGGUGAUACGCAAACAGAAUCCAAGAGUCCAGUUCAAGCUAACAGGCGAAGGUUCAAAACCAUCAAGUCCUACCGAAGAUAAUAAAGCAGACGACGCUGGACGCAAAUCAAAGAGCCCAGAACCAGAAGAAGAAAAUUCCAGCAGACCAUCAACAAGAGGCAGUACCAGAUGAUGCUGGUAGAAAAUCAAAAAGUCCUGUACAAAAAGAACCAUCUACUGAAGGUGAUUCUAAUGAAAAUGCAGGUGGAGAUGAUGAACAAACAGAAAAAGUAGAAACUGAAGAAACAGCUCCAGAACAAACUAUGGAACAAGAUACAACAGGUGGUGAUGAUCAAGUUCCAGAGACACAACCAGAUGAACAACCACAACAAGAAGAACAAGAACAAGAAGAGCCAAAUGAACAAGACAAAGAACCUGAAGCUGAGACCACAGAACAACAGGCAACAGAAGAGGAAGCUCAAGCCAGGACCUCCAUCUGCUGCCAGUCAAAAGAGCAAGCCAGAGUCUCCAAAACCUGCCCCCGAGGAGCCUCAGGUGGCUGAGAUACCAGAAGCCCCACAGAUUCCCUCACCAGAGAGACCAGAAUGUCUUGAAGGCACAAUGUCUAAUACAGCUCUGAACAUAAUUUGGUCAUUUGGAUUGAAUCGUAAUGUGCCUGUGUUAAAUUUGACCGACAAUACGAGGAAAGUUAUAAUGUAUUCAUGUGCCCAUGUUGGUAUUUUGUACGACUUCAACAGUAAUAGACAGCAUAUCCUUCAAGGACAUUCAAAUCCUAUCACAUGUACAUGUGUGAGUGAAGAUAAGAGAUGGUUAGUGACUGGAGACAAAGGGAAAGACAGUAUGGUGAUUGUCUGGGAUACAUAUACUGGGGUUCCAAUCCAGACAAUAUUUGAUACAACAGAAAUGAAGAAGGGGGGUGUUGUUGCUGUAGGGAUGACACCAGAUGCUAGAUAUCUCGCCACUUUGAGUGCAGCAAAAACACAGGUGUUGUCAAUUUGGGAGUGGACAGUCGACGGGGAGACACCAUUAUGCUCUGCACAGCUGAAACCUUCAUACGGAAUACAGAAUUUUAUUUCUUUUAAUCCAGAAGAUAUCCAUUACCUGGUGACAAACAGUGACUCACAAGUCAUCUUCUUUAACUGGAGUAAUGGUCACAUGGAAUAUUUUGCCUUACCCCUAACAGACCAGGAUUUUAACAAGCAGGUUGGUCCGAUAUAGCCAGUCCAAUAUUUCAGCGAAACAGUUCUGAGAGCCCUGACGGCUACAUCAAUCGGAAAUCUUGUUGUCUGGGAUAACAAUAAGCCUGUUACAAAGGUUGUAAGUUCCGAGCCGUCGGCCAAUAAAAAAGCUCUUAAAAUUAUACGAUUACAAGAACGGGGAAUCAGUGUGAUUACUACAACUGAUAAGUAUAUUGUGGUUGGAGAUGUUGCAGGACAUGUUAAAUUCUUUGAUCAGAGUUUGAAACUUGUGCACUGGUAUCAAGAUUUGAACCUUGGACCUAUAGCGUCAGUCUCAUUUGCAUUUAAUCCAGAAUUCCUGGGCAUGGCCAGAGAAGGCACCAAUUACCCUCCUGAUGCCACCAUACAAGCCAAACAAUUUGUCAUACGCGACUUUGUUGUCGGCAGCAGUAUUGCUAUUUUUGGAAAUGUGACAGCAGAUGGCACUAAGGUCAAGGUCAUUCACAGAGAGCAUGAUGCUGCUAUACAUGCAAUGGCUGCUCAUCCCACGCAGCCUCUGGUGGUAAUAGGCAGCUAUUCUGGCCUAAUCAAAGUGUGGAAUUAUGAAAAGAAACAAGUGGUUGUUUCAAGGGCAUUUCCGAGGGGAAAUCUCAUCCGCUGUUGCAACUAUUCACCAAAUGGAGCAUAUCUUGCUGUUGGUUUUGUGAAUGGCUCUGUACGAAUUCUGGAUUCAAUCACAUUACAAGAUGAGGUGCAAGAACCGUUUAGAUACGCUAGGGAUGCAAUCACGCAUAUAGAGUUCUCGCAUGACUCAAAAUAUCUCGCUACAGCUGAUGCCGAGUACACAAUGUCAGUGUAUAUGCGCUGCCAUGGCAUAGAUGUAGAGCCGUACCAAUACCUAGGUAGAUACAGGGCACACUAUAAACCAAUCAAAGACAUCAUGUUUGGUAUACAGCUUGAUGCAGACUUUCCAAGAUUAUUGUCCCUUGGUGCCGAUAGAGUUCUUGUGGAGUAUGAUCUAGAGAACAGUACAAAAGAUGAUUUACGUUUAGCCAGUACCGAUCGUAUAGAACAAAGUGCCGUACCACAGUGUAUGACUUGGUAUCCACCAAUCACAAAAGAGCAUUUUAUCGUCACAGCCAAUGACCAGUUUAAAUUUAAAUUAUAUAAUGCAACAACAAAGAUGUGCAGGAAAACAUUACUAGGGCCCACAUAUGGUUCUCCAAUACAAAAAAUAGCUGUAGUUCCAACUAAAGAUCCUGCUCAUGAUAAGAGGUAUAUGGCUUACAUCACGGAGGAUAAAGUCGGUAUGCAUAUUUUACCGCUAGACGGCAACCCGCACGAUGCCAUGGCUCUGAUUGGUCACCCGGCUGGGGUCGCCAACAUGGUGUGCAGUUAUGACGGGAAAUACAUCUUUACUGCUGGAGGUGCAGAUGCUACAGUUCAUAUGUGGGAAAUCAACAUCAAUGCAUUGGAGGCCCAGUCUGCUCUUGGAGGACAAGAUCUGAUACCAUUCUAUGGUCUUCUUGAAGGAGGUAGAGAAGGAGAGCUCUUCAAGGAAUUAGAAGAUUAUUUUUACUAUGCUCAGAUAAGGAGUCAAGGUGUAAAUGCCAUGGACUCUCGGGAAGUCUCGACAAAGAUUGUGCUGUCAGAGGUCCCGUUUGUAAUGCGGGCAAUGGGUUUCUACCCAUCAGAACAAGAGAUUGAAGACAUGCUAAAUGAGGUGAAGUUUAGUCGCUAUGUGGAAACGGGCCAAUAUGUGGAAUCUAUUGAUCUUGGAGAAUUCAUCAAAUUGUAUAUAAAUCACAGACCAGCAUUUGGCCUAUCUCCGGAGAAAUUACUGAAAGCAUUUGAAACAUUAGGAAUGUACACUGAUAAAGGUUCAGCCAUCGAUAGAGGCGAUCUGUUGGAAAUGCUACAAACUAAAGGGGAGCAUAUGACGGAGUACGAACUAGCCGAAUAUUUGAUGACGUUGCUAGGUUACCAUGCAGAGGGCGGUAGCAGCGAGCUCCAAGAGUUUGAUACAAAUAUCGCAGGUGACGUGAUCAGCGAAAGCCUUCCACAAGAUAUCACAGGAGAAAUGUUCGCGAACGAAGUGCUCGGCUUUGCUAUGUAUCAAGAAUCAUCACAAAAAGCAUAAUUUUGAAAUUUGUAAAACGAGCGAUUACAAUGCCGUGAACUGAUUUAUUGAAUAAAAAUGUAUUUCAGCAUACAAUGUUGUUGAAAAAUAAAACAAAAUCUGGCAUAGUUUGUGUGGAUGUAUGUGAAGUUCAAAAUUGAAACAUGUUAAAAUGAUAUUA